AUGGAAUUGCUUUCACCGGAAGAUUUGCUGAAUGCUUGUCAAGCACUUAGUAGAAGGGCGGACUCACCUAUGGAACUUCAUCGAUUUCCUACUGGUGUCAUAGUACUACAGCUGAAAACAGCAUCUGUUGAGAGCAUGGUGGAGGCUACUACAGAGUUUGUAAAAGAAAAUGGCAGCGCUACUGCUAGUCAGCUGGCCGCUAGCAAGGGAAUUACAGUGAUUUUGGCAAAAGAGAGACUUCUAGCUGCUGAAGAGCAAGCUAUGCUUUGUCGCGACGACUCCACCGAAGGUCUCAAAUUUUAUCCUAAUCGAUUCCUCAUCGAUGUUUAG